AGCUUUAAGCAGACACAGGACUCUUUCUAAACAGUUCCUUUCAUCUCCAAAAGCCUCAUUUUCCUUUCUCACAAAACCUCACUUUUCCAUCAUGGCUCCUCGUAUCACCACUGCUGCCACCACCGUCUCCACCGUCAAGUCUUCAACUGCUCGUAGCCGGGCCUAUGUGACCUUCUUGGCCGGAAACGGUGACUACGUUAAAGGUGUGGUUGGGCUGGCCAAGGGUUUAAGGAAGGUCAAGAGCAAGUACCCCCUAGUUGUGGCUGUCUUGCCCGACGUGCCUGAAGAACACCGUCAGAUCCUAGUUUCUCAGGGCUGCAUAGUCCGAGAGAUCGAGCCUGUUCACCCUCCUGAGAACCAGACCCAAUAUGCUAUGGCCUACUACGUCAUCAACUACUCCAAGCUUCGUAUUUGGGAGUUUGUGGAGUAUAGCAAGAUGAUCUAUUUGGAUGGAGAUAUCCAAGUGUUUGAGAACAUCGACCACCUGUUCGACUAUCCAGACAACUACUUCUAUGCUGUCAAGGAUUGCUUCUGUGAGCCCAACUGGAGGGACAGUCCCCAGUUCAAGAUUGGGUACUGCCAGCAGUGCCCUGAUAAGGUUCAGUGGGACAAUAGCUUGGGUCCCAGGCCACCUCUAUAUUUUAAUGCAGGCAUGUUUGUCUAUCAGCCUUGCUUGUCUACUUACCAGGAACUCCUCAGUACCCUCAAGACCAGCACUCCUACUUUAUUUGCUGAGCAGGAUUUCUUGAACAAUUUCUUCAAGGAUAAGUACAAGCCUAUCCCUUCAGUUUACAACCUUGUUUUGGCCAUGCUUUGGCGCCACCCUGAAAACAUCCAAUUGGAUAAGGUCAAGGUUGUCCACUAUUGUGCUAAUGGCUCCAAGCCAUGGAGGUACAAUGGAGAAGGGGAAAACAUGGAGAGGGAAGAUAUUAAGAUGCUGGUGAAGAGGUGGUGGGAUAUCUAUAACGAUGAGUCAUUGGAUUACAACAACACUGUGGCUCCUCGGGCUAGAAAUGGAACUCGGCAAGUGAACCUACAGCCCUUCCAGACGGCGCUGUUAACGGAGACUGGUGAUCUCGAUUAUAUUAGCGCCCCAUCCGCUGCUUAGUGCCUCCGAAUUCUAAUUGCUCGAGAAUUAUUUCCUAUAUAGAAAAACUAUAUAUAGGAGAGUGUUCUAAAUAAGAGUACGUACGUGUUGGUUUGUUUUCUUUUGGUCUUGGUGGGAGUAUAGUACGUAGUUUAGGAGUUUGAAGUGGUACUUUUGAGUCCCUUGUUUUUAUUGGGACGGUUUUAUGGGUAUUAAUGUAUAUGUGAUGUGAAUUACAUCUUUAAUUGGUUCCUCAACAGAUCAA